AUCUCUCCAUCUCUCGAUUACAGAUCGAAAUUUCACAAGGGCAAACAAUGGCAGAUUGGUCCGGACUUCCAGAAGUCCUCUUAGAAUUGAUUUCGAGUCGUUUAUCUCUUGCCGAUCUGAUUCGAUUCAGCUGCGUCUGCAGCUCAUGGAGAUCGAUCACUCCUCCGUCUCUCCACGGGAAGCUCCUCCCAUGGCUGAUAGUCCCCAGCAUCACAAGAAACAGACCCAGAAAGAGAAGAAUUGGUAACAUCUGCGACAAAAAUCUGGGUAUCGUUAGCCUCUCCGAUCCCACACGCAAGGUUUACGAACUCGAGCUACCAGAGGCUGCUGACAGGCGAAUUUGUGGAUCCUCAGCGGGAUGGCUCGUAACAGUCCAUGCCAAUUCAGAGAUCCAAUUGCUGCAUCCCUUUACCAGAGCUCAGAUACAGCUUCCGCCGCUUACAGCCUUCCCGAGCCGAUUACCUGUCCCUCUGCAUCAAGGAAAAGAGUUCGCCGGCCACCUCCGUGACUAUUAUAUUCACAAGGCUAUUGUGGGUUUUUGCUCUUCUGAGUCGGAGGCGAUUGUUAUGGCUAUUCGCAAGGAGGAUGACCAACUGGCCUUCUGUAGGCCUGGGAAGGACCUGCGGUGGACUGUAUUUGAAGGUUAUCUUCGUCGGUCUCAUGAUGUCAUUUUCUAUAAAGAGCAGUUCUAUACUGUUAAAGGGUCUGGGCGGGUUUUCAUGGUUUCUGGCCUCGAAGAUGCUUCUCCACAGCUGACGCUGGUUGGUCAUCGACCCACGAAGCCGUCCUAUCCUAGUAGACUCUAUUUGGUGGAGUCUUCGGGAGACUUGCUAAUGGUUUAUCGGUUUCUGGAUUUGUAUCUUUAUGUUGAUGAUGAUGAUGAUGAGGAUGUUGUGGUUGAUAGUGAUGAUGAUGGUACAGAACCAGUACGUUUACCCCACAGAACCGUAAAUUUUGAAGUUUACAAGCUAGAUCUCGGUGAAGGAAAUUGGGUUGAGGUUGACAACCUCGGUGACAGAGCUGUGUUCGUUGGCUAUAAUGACUCAUUCUCUGUGUCUGCUUCUGAGUUCCCUGGAUGCAGGGGGAACUGCAUAUACUUCACAGAUGAUUAUUUUGAAGGAUACAAUCGACAGAAACAUGGCGCUCUUGAUAUGGGAAUUUUCGAUUUAGGGGAUGGGACUGUUGAACCACUCGUCGGCAGAAACCAAAUUCAUUAUUUUAUGCCCCCAUUAGUCUGGUUUUCAACAAAUCCUUGGUGGCGAGGUGGGUCAGAUGUUUUGACUCUCUAGUUAUAGAAUUUACUGGGCUCGAUGUUGUGAUGCUGGCUUCCCAAUU